AUGGCCGACAAAGCAAAUUUAUUGGGUAAACGAAAGGCGGAGGAUGGUUUGAAGACAGAACCGCUUCUGAGGAGGCAUAAGGAGAAAGAGACUAGGCAAGGAUUAGCUGAUAGUACUCUCAAAGGAACAGCAGGAGAGUUGUCGGUGACAAAGGCCGAUGAGUCUAAUUUAAUCUCAGAAAAGGAGGAGGAGACAGUGGAAGAAAGACUUGAUGAAAGUCCUGAGGAAUUUUCGAAGAUCCUCUUUGUUGCAAAUCUCUCACCCCAAACUGAAACUUCAGAUAUCAUUGAUUUCUUCAAAGAUGUCGGACAAGUUGUUCGUGUUCGUUUUGUGCUAAGCGCCCGGGGCAACCAUGUGGGUUAUGGUUUUGUUGAAUUUGCUUCUUCUAACCAAGCAAAGAUGGCGCUGGAAAGGAAGAACCGUCAAUCUUUGCAUUGUAGCAAGAUUAUUCUAGAUGAAGCUCCCGAUUUUGUUGAGGAAGCUGCCGUACCAAUAAAGACUCUGUUUAUUUCCGGUUUCUCUCGCGAUUCAACUAAAAUAUCAGAUAUCAUCGACUUCUUCAAAGAUGUUGGACAAGUUGUUCGUGUUCGACUUGAUAUCUACGUCAGAGGCAGGCUUGUUGGCUGUGGCUAUGUUGAGUUUGCUUCUGCCAACCAGGCAAAUAAGGCCCUGCAAAAUAAGAACGGUGAAUAUUUGCACGAUCGCAAGAUUUUUCUUGCUGAUUGCAGUGGAGCUUGUUUCCUGCCACCCAAGUUUUGUGUAGACCACAAGGUUUGGUACGAAGAAGAAGACUACCUUCAAGAAGAAAGCCUUCCGUUAGACUCUAUCCAAGAUGUGGCGGCGAUGGAAGAAGGACCUGACGAAACUCCUCAUUCUGCUAAUAAGGAAGUACUCCUUAUUGCCAAUCUUUCUCCCCAAACAACUAAAACAGAACAGAUCAUCCGUUUCUUCGAAGAUGUUGGAAGUGUUGUUUCUGUUCGCCUUAUUGUAGACCACGAGGGUAAGCAUGUGGGCUAUGGCUUUGUUGAAUUUGAUUCUUCUUACGAAGCAGAGAAGGCUCUGAAAGAGUUGAAUGGUGAAUAUUUGCAUGAUCACAAGAUUCUGUUGAUGAGAGGACUUGAUGAUGAAACUCCCCAUUCUCUUGAGGAAGCUGCUACUGUAAGAAAUAAGACGCUCUUUGUUUCCGGUCUCUCUCGCCGAACCAAAAUAUCAGAAAUCAUCAAUUUCUUUAAAGAUGUCGGAGAAGUUGUUCAUGUUCGACUUAUUGUAGACCGCUGGGGUAACUUUCACGGGAAAGGCUUUGUUGAGUUUGCUUCUGCUAACGAGGCAAUGACGGCGCUGGAAAAGAAAAACGGUGAAUAUUUGAACGGUAGCGAUGUUUUCCUUGCUGUUUUUGAGACACCUCCAUACCACCGACGACCCAAGUAUUUCAUAGAUCACAAGGUUUGGUACCAAGACUACCUUCAACGAGAAAGCCUUGAGAUAAAAGAAGAUGUGGAAAAAGGACUUGAUGACACCCCCCAUUUUACUGAGGAAAUUGUAAGAAAAAAGACGGUGUUUGUUGACGAACUCUCUUACAACACAAGCAUAUCAGAUAUCAUCAACUUCUUCAAAGAUGUUCAAGAAGAAAUUAUUCGUGUUCGACUUAUUGUAGACGGCAGGGGUUACCAUGUGGGCUGUUGCUUUGUUGAGAUGGCUACUGCUAACGCAGCGAAGAAGGCGGUGCUGGAGAAUGAUAACACUAGCAAGUUUUCUGUUUACGCUGCUGAGAUAGCUGCUCCAUAUCCUUUCCAACCCAAGUACAAGCUUGCAUACCUUGCCGAGAAACUUUGGUACGAAGAUAACCUUCGCCAAAAAAGCCUUUGUGGUCAGAACAAGGUGAUGGAUGAUAAGAAGAUUAUUCUAGAUGAAGCUCCCGAUUUUGUUGAGAAAGCUGCCGUACCAAUAAAGACUCUGUUUAUUGCCUCUUUAUCUCGCUGUUCAACUGAAAUAUCAGAUAUCAUCGACUUCUUCAAAGAUGUUGGACAAGUUGUUCGUGUUCGACUUGAUAUCAACGACAGAGGCAAACUUGUUGGCUGUGGCUAUGUUGAGUUUACAUCUGCCAACCAGGCAAAUAAGGCCCUUCAAAAUAAGAACGGUGAAUAUUUGCACGAUCGCAAGAUUUUUCUUGCUGAUUGCAGUGGAGCUAGUUUCCUGCCACCCAAGUUUUGUGUAGACCACAAGGUUUGGUACGAAGAAGAAGACUACCUUCAAGAAGAAAGCCUUCCGUUAGACUCUAUCCAAGAUGUGGCGGCGAUGGAAGAAGGACCUGACGAAACUCCUCAUUCUGCUAAUAAGGAAGUACUCCUUAUUGCCAAUCUUUCUCCCCAAACAACUAAAAUAGAACAGAUCAUCCGUUUCUUCGAAGAUGUUGGAAGUGUUGUUUCGGUUCGCCUUAUUGUAGACCACGAGUGUAAGCAUGUGGGCUAUGGCUUUGUUGAAUUUGAUUCUUCUUACGAAGCAGAGAAGGCUCUGAAAGAUUUGAAUGGUGAAUAUUUGCAUGAUCACAAGAUUCUGUUGAUGCGAGGACUUGAUGAUGAAACUCCCCAUUCUCUUGAGGAAGCUGCCACUGUAAGAAAUAAGACGCUCUUUGUUUCCGGUCUCUCUCCCCGAACCAAAAUAUCAGAAAUCAUCAAUUUCUUUAAAGAUGUUGGAGAAGUUGUUCAUGUUCGACUUAUUGUAAACCGCUGGGGUAACUUUCACGGGAAAGGCUUUGUUGAGUUUGCUUCUGCUAACGAGGCAAUGACGGCGCUGAAAAAGAAAAACGGUGAAUAUUUGAACCGUAGCUAUGUCUUCCUUGCUGUUUUUGAGACACCUCCAUACCACCGACUUCCCAAGUAUUUCAUAGAUCACAAGGUUUGGUACCAAGACUACCUUCAACGAGAAAGCCUUGAGAUAAAAGAUGUGGAAAAAGGACUUGAUGAGACCCACCAUUUUACUGCGGAAAUUGUAAGAAAAAAGACGGUGUUUGUUGACGAACUCUCUUACAACACAAGCAUAUCAGAUAUCAUCGACUUCUUUAAAGAUGUUCAAGAAGAAAUUAUUCGUGUUCGACUUAUUGUAGACGGCAGGGGUUGCCAUGUGGGCUGUUGCUUUAUUGAGAUGGCUACUGCUAGCGCAGCGAAGAAGGCGGUGCUGGAGAAUGAUAACACUAGCAAGUUUUCUGUUUACGCUGCUGAGAUAGCUGCUCCAUAUCCUUUCCAACCCAAGUAAAUGAAUUUAAAUUAUUUAUUGAAGUUGUGACCCUUGUGCCAUAACAAAAUAUAGUAACGGUAUUACUAUUCUUUUGGUUAAUU